AUGCCGGGGGUGAUAAAUAUGGACGAGUUGACAGACCUGGAUAAGGCUAAAAUGGAAAGAGACCAAAAGAAGAUUGAAGUCAAGCUUGAGAGAUGGAUGGUACGUUUGACCACUUUACUUUGAUUGAUCAUUUUUCCAAUUGUAAAAGUAAUUUAUAUGUAAUAACAAUAAGUGGAAUAGUAAUAGAUUUGUACUGUAUUAUUUUAAACAUGGAUAAAAAGCCAUGAAAUGUUCCAAAGCGGAAUGGAUUGGUCAUCAAAGGAGACUGUAAUGACAGGUAGCCUAGCGGUUAGUAGCCAGUAACUGAAAAGUCGCUGGUUCGAAUCCCCGAGCCGACUAGGUGAACAAUCUGUCCAUGUGCCCUUGCGCAAGGCAUUUAACCCAAAUUGCUCCAGUAAGUCGCUCUGGAUAAGAGCGUCUGCCAAAUGACUAAAAUGUAAAUGCAUUCUUGAUAUUACAGUUGUGUGUGUUACAUGUUAACCCUUCAUUUGUACGACAGAUGUCUAAGUGCUGUACUGAGUUUAUGGAGGCCGUUCAGGCCGGUGUAGAAGAGGACACCCUGGUCAAAGGAAUUGCAGAAGACAAGAACCCAUUCAAGGAGUUGAAAGGCGGAUGUGUCGUCUGCUGA